GGGCUGCGCGAGCGCGUGUGGCAGGAGCUGCAGACACCGCCGCGCGUGGAAGCGCCUCUCCCGGGGCGCAGGGCGGAGCGCGGCAGCGGCUGGGGAGGAAGGUUCCUUUGUGGCAGCUCAGGGGCAGAGCCGCCCAGAGGGGCGAGGUAGAUAACUUGAGUGAGGACACUGAACUCAAAGAUCCAUAUCUUAUUCCAAGCAAUAUCAUGGCUGAACCAGACUACAUAGAUGAAGACAACCCUGAACUAAUUAGACCUCAGAAACUAGUCAAUCCUGUGAAAUCAUCCCGGAAUCAUCAGGACCUUCACAGAGAACUCCUUAUGAACCAGAAAAGGGGUCUUGCACCUCAGAAUAAACCAGAGCUGCAAAAGGUGAUGGAGAAAAGGAAACGAGAUCAAGUUAUUAAACAACAAAAGGAAGAGGAAGCGCAAAAGAAGAAAUCAGACCUGGAAAUAGAGUUAAUGAAACGACAGCAGAAGCUGGAGCAGCUGGAACUUGAGAAACAGAAGCUCCAGGAGGAGCAGGAAAAUGCACCUGAAUUUGUUAAAGUCAAAGGCAACUUGAGGAGGACAGCCCAGGAAUCAGCAGAAGCUCCAGACUCCUAGAGGAAAUACCUGCUAAGAUUUUCAACAUUCCAGCAGUGGCUGCAGAGAAAGACUUCUGCAAGUUGUCAGAUCCCUUUACCCUGGAGAGGGAAGAUAUACGGCAUUCAAGUGAUGUUUAUCGAAGAUGGGUUUUGAAUUCCUGGAACCUGUGGAUUAAAACUCUGCAACAUAAACAGAUCAAACUCACCAAACACAAUAUUGAGACCAGGGGAUCAGCAGCCUGUUUUCAGGUCAGGAUUAUGGACAUGUCUGAAGUGCUUAAUGAGAGACUUAAACCAGGGACACUAGAAAAACCCUUUGAGCGUUGCACUGCUUGGUUUCUUCUGAUCCCAGUUUAGUGGAGACAUCAAGCUUAUAUUCUGCUUUUCUUUUCUUUUUAAAUUCUCUGGUCAUAUUUUAUGGAACUUUGCUGUGCAGGGAAGUUCUCACUUUCUGUCCUUUCAGUCUGUGUAAACUCUGUUUUGAAAAUGUGGGUUCCUGCAUUUAAUUUUAAUGGGGGUUAAAUGUAAAGUGGAGUGGUGUGUCCUGGUCAUUGCUGGGCAUCUGCACUGACUGUUACCACUGGGAAAACUGGUGCAGAGAUAUAGGGAUGUUUAAAAUUCCAGGGCACUGAAAAAAGCUAAAAAAGUUUUUAGGACCAAAUUCUGUCUUUGGAGGUGCAUGUAGAAUUUGGCUCUUGAGAGCACAAAAAUUGGAAUAUUUCCUCACCUGGGCAAAAAUCAAAGGCUGAUUUCCCCUCUCCCCUCAAAUGCAUCCCUUGCCCCACCCCACUAGAGCAAUUACAAUGUAGAGGCCCAGGUACAGGAGUACCUUUUUCCUGUCAACUCUUAGUGGAAAAUGAUGCAUCCUCUAGUUUUUAUGUUCUUAAAGACUGCUUGGUUUGCUGGCGUGGUCUUUCUCCUCUGGGACCUACAGAUCUAAACUCAUUGUUAACAGAUCAGUAGCAUUAAACUCACAGGACUGACGACAAGCAUUUGAAGGGCCUUGCUCAGAGCACCUUGAAGACAACGGGAAUGCUGUGCACGGAUCAGCUACAGAAUCAGGUUUAAAUGACACCAAAUUAGCCCUCCAAGGCUACUGAAAUGAGAAACUUUCCCUAAUGUUCGAUAAGCUGUGACUUCUCCCAUCUUUUCUCUUGUCUCAUGAAAUAAGGGAAUCAAGUUAUCACUGAGUCUUAGGGCCAUAUUCUGUCCCCUACACGUAGCCCUAUUGACUUGCCACUGAGUAAGAUGGAACUCGGUCUGAGUAAGGGUGACAGAAUCUGCCCCUUAGUGCUUAUGACUGCUACUUUUCCCCUGUCAGGAAAGCCUGGAGUUGGGGAGGAGACUGCUCAUGAGGGGCCAGAGCCCCCGCUCGGUUAUGUGUGCACACUACCAAUGCCUUUGUGAGAGGGAUGCUUAUCCAUACCCGCUCAUCGUCUUUGCCCUAGAGCGCUAAACAGAAAUAAAUGCUCCUUUGUAAUUACAUCUGAGCUAACUGCUUGAGAAUAUUUUCUCUUAAUCUCAGCAGUGUGUGUGUGUGUGUGUGCAAGAUGCUGUUUUUCUCUUUUGUUUUUCCCAGGGUACUGGAAAUGUGAAUACAGUUUUAGUAUUGGACUUGGGACACAGCGUUCACAAUUCACAGGGUUUCUUAGGCAUAUCCUUCAAGUUGUCAAGAUCAAGGUUGUUUUUUUUUUUUUAUGAGGACACAGUUAGAUUAGAAGUAAAUUAAAUUUUGGGAAACUUAUUACCAUUGACUUAGAUUGACAGUGCAGUUCACAUUUAGAAGAUGAAAUGUUACAAGUGGUUUACAAAGCUGUUCAGGCUGUAGUCAUACAAAAGGCAAAGGCAAAAUGUAAGACACUGCAUUUUGCAAACUCUACCAUAUUGUAUUUUUGGGAAACAGGACCGUAACUGCUGCAGGGUUUUUUUCCCUGUGCCUUUUUUGCUUUGGAAGAAGGUCUUCCUGUCUAGCAGCCAGUCAUUCAAACACACAUUCUGACUGGAUUUGCCUCUUGUCUUUUGUUCAGAUGGCCUUAUGGUCCAAUUUUCUGUGUUGCGUCCCCCCGUACAAGGGCAGUGGAAAAUACUUCUUUAGAAAUCAUACCUUGAUGCUGAGCCACUGCUGUUUAUCUUUCUCACCCACUCCCUGCCUUGUGAACUCCUUCAGAUCUGCUGGAUUCCACUUCCACAGCCAGCCUGAAGUCUUCAGAAAUCGCGGAGACAACCUCAUUUUGCUAUACCAGCACAUUGCUUCAGAUGAAGCUCAGUCUCUCUGCUAUUUCACCUCAGCGUAUGUGGCAACCCAAACUCAGAUAGAAAAGAAAUAGGGCCUAAUCCAAAGCGUGCUGAAGUCAGUGGAGAAGGCUUCCCAUUGACUUCAGUGGACUUUGGCUCAGGCCUUAUUGGGAAUAUAGGAUGGACAUUUUCCACUUCCCAUUCAUGUUGGUGUAACCAGUUGACUUGUGGUUAAAGGUAGAGUUUCUCUUUCUAAAAGAUGGAAGAUCUGAAUACUUCUUGCACGUACAGUGUGAAGUAAUUAAAAAAAAAUUCAAAUUCUGCAUUACUAGACUAAAUGGCAGUAGAAUGACAAUUUUUUUUAAAUAUCUUAGAAUUCUGCUGCACUUUGUCUAGGAACCCAAAAGUCAAUUUCAUGUGGCUUUGGCAGGCAAACCUCUGUUUUUUUUUAAAUCGGGUCCAACGUUGGUUUAGAUGAUGCAGCCCUUAGAUGGGUGACCAGUUCGUCACACCUGAAAUCGCAUUGAGUCCAGAGGCUACUUGUGUGAAUAUCUGCUCACCAGUGUGAAGAAAGGCAUUUAUGAUCUGCUCUUUAGUUACGUGAAAUUUUAAGCAAUCCUCUGUGUUUUCAUUGAGCUAUUUUCUUGAAUUAAAAGUGGCUCACUUUUACCACUUUCUGUCUGUAAUAGGGCAGAACAAUUUGUUUGUUUGUUUUAAAAAAAACCUUGCUUUUUGUUAGUAAACUUAGGAUUUCUUUCUAGCUCUGAAAGCUGGCUUUAACCUUCUGUUAAUAUCUGUACUUGUUUGAGUGUACAUAUAUAAAUAUAUAUAAAUACAAAAAGGGAGCCUUAAUAGAUGUGUUUUCAUAAUUUAAUAUUUUUUGUAUUUGCUCUUGUAUAAUUGUUUUUAACUAAAGGUAUUACAAAAAUGAGAGUGGAAUACUUAGAACCAAAGUUAUGCUUAAUAAAAUCUGCUACAUGCUUGG